UGUGGUUCUACUUACAUAUUUCACACUUAUGAUAUAAGAUUUCAGUUAAUUUCUAACUCUUUCCCUAUGAGCGCGUAAUAUUAUUUAAUAUUAAAUAUUAUAUUCUAGCCAUAUUCUUAGAAUAUCGAACUAAAUAUAAUAUUCUGAUAAUAUUCUAGUAAUAUUAUUCGACAAGGUAAGUUGGCGACACCGGCAGCACGUGACGGGCGCGCGAAAGUUGAAGGAGAAUGCGCGGCGUGCUCCAGAGGCGACGGCGGUGGCGCCCAGCGGCCGCGCGGCCAACUAGCACAAUAUGGUCGACGUUCGGCCAAUGUCGCUUAUCAACAACAUGGCGGACGCGACGAGGCUCGUCUUGUCCCUCUGAUGCACCGUCGUUGGCCAUACGUCGUGUCUCUACGGCUUCGCGCACCACCAUUCGCAAUACUCGACUCGAGCAGGUCGCAACAACACGAACGAACGAUCAUCGUCGGCUCGCUAAAAAAAAAAAAAGAGGUCGAUCGUCUUAGCGCCGAGCGUGACCAGGGGUAGGGACGAGCGGAAGUGGACAAGCUUUUACUCGGCGGAGAGGGGGAGAGGGUAUAUUUGUCACGCACUGACGUCGCCGGGUCAUUCGGUGAACGCGCGCUGUACGAAGUGCACGAAAAGAAGGACGGGUGAGAGGAGCGACGACGACGAAGAGAGAGAUAGACUCUGGCGACACAGACUCGGCGGGUCUUCGAGGUGACAAGAUCGCGCCUUCUCUUGUGAUUCUCGACUGUAUAUGUGUGCAUGCAACCCGUUGUGCGUGGUGCGAUGGAAUUCGUAAUGAUAAAGGACAUUCGACCGGGCCAAAAGAACAUCAACGUAGUGUUUAUCGUUCUAGAGGUUAGCCACCCUACUAUCACCAAAGAGAACCGCGAAGUUCGAACGUUCAAAGUGGCUGACAGCACCGCCUGCAUGAACGUCUCCAUCUGGGACGAGCCGGGUCAGCUCCUGGUGCCCGGCGACAUCGUGCGGCUCACCAAGGGAUACGCCUCGGUCUGGCGGCAGUGUCUAACUCUAUAUUCCGGCAAGACCGGCGACAUACAGAAGAUCGGGGAGUUUUGCAUGGUGAUAAACGAGCAGCUGAACAUGAGCGAGCCCAACCCGGCGUUAGCCCAGCAGUUGGUCAAUCAGAGCGGCUCGCCUGGUAGCAAUGUCAAUAACAGCAUCACCAACAACGGCAACGCGAACAGUAUGUCCGGCCAACAACCGGGCGGACGGCAGCCCUUGGCCAUCCAAAGUAACACGACGCCCGGCAGCGGUGGGACGGCUGGAGGUUCAACGGCCGCGAAAAGCGGCAACGGCAACGCCACCACCGGAGGCGGCAGCGGCGGUAGCGCGGGCGGGGGCGGCGGGGGCGGCAAUGUUAGCGGGUCCGGUCUACCCGGUAGCUCGGCGCGAUACCCGGCGUCCGGCGGCGACUCGACGACGAUCAAGGGCGGACCGGCGAACACGAAGAGCAACUCGCGCGGUCGCGGCGGCUACAGGAACGGCGGUCGCGGUGACCGGAGAUAACACAUGAGAAGGAAGCGUCUCAUCAUAUAUAUAAUUUUAAUAUUUGUCCCCAGGAAAGUGACAGUGAUGCCGUGAGCUACCGUAUGGACCUUAUUAGACCUUUAACACCUGAACGGCUAUU